AUGACAUUAUGGCACCAUCUUCAUGAAUGUGUGCUUCAAGACUGUCAUGGAUUCAAGAAGGCUCAUGUAAAGGACUUGUGGGCAUACGGCAAGGAUGACCCACUCGUUAAAAAUGUUGUCAAUGAUUGCAUGUCCACGCUUACAGAUCUGGAUAUGGAGAAAAUUAUGAGUUGCUACGACGGUUUUAAGGAGGUGAAAACUUUGGUUGACGUGGGUAUCGAGAGCGUAGGUGGCAGUAUGUUCGAUUCCAUACCUUCAGCAGAUGCCAUAUUUGUUAAGAAUGUAUUCAAAGAUUGGGAUGAGGAGAAAUGCGAACAGAUACUUGGAAAUUGCCACAAGGCUUUGCCUGAAAUGGAAAACUCAUAG